UAACCAGUUCAUUGCAGAUGCUUACAAUACAUUAGUAAGUAUCCCGGGUAUUAUUAGUUAAUUGUGUGAUAUAGUGUGAUAAUUUUUCACAACCUAAAUAAAAAUAUAUAAAACAAUAUCUUUACGUAGUUCAGUUCAGUUCGAUAGGAAACUCGAUGGGUUGUCCCAUUUCCGGUUUUUACGACAACAACGCAGUGCACAUGGGGCACAGGAGCUAGUGAGUUUUGGGACAAUUUAGACAAAGUAUAUUACAGUUUUCGCGUUAAGUAUAUCAUAUAUUUCAUCACAGAAGCGAAGACACAUCUGGAAUAAGAAUGGGCAAGAAGAAAGCGGGCGGAGGAGCCGGACUGGGCCGAGCUUUGAUAAAAGAGAGACUUCAGGCAGGCCGAGGGAAAAAGAAAGGCGACACCUGGCUCCACACCAGUGAGCUGAAUGAUGGCUAUGACUGGGGUCGGCUGAACCUGCAGUCAGUGACUGAACAGAGUUCUAUGGAUGACUUUUUGGCCACUGCCGAACUGGCAGGAACAGAGUUUGUAGCAGAAAAACUCAACAUCAAGUUUGUGCCAGCGGCAGCCAGAGCCGGCUUAUUAACAGCUGAGGAGCGAAGCAGGCUGAAGAAGCUGCAUGAAGACAACAAGCAUUUCCUCAGAAUUCCUCGACGCCCCCACUGGGAUCAAGACACCAGUCCAGAUGCGCUUCAGCAAGCAGAGAAAGACAGCUUCUUGGAGUGGAGACGAGAGCUUGCACAGCUAGAAGAGGAGCAGAAGUUAAUUCUCACGCCGUUUGAGAGGAACCUGGAGUUCUGGAGACAGCUGUGGAGAGUGAUUGAGAGGAGUGACGUCGUCGUUCAAAUUGUUGAUGCCAGAAAUCCUUUGCUGUUCAGAUGUCCUGACCUGGAGCUGUAUGUGAAGGAAGUGUCAGAGCACAAGGUGAACAUGCUGUUGGUGAACAAGGCCGACCUGCUGACCAGAGAGCAGAGGCGAGUCUGGGCCAGACACUUCCAGAAAGAGGGGCUGAGGGCAGUUUUCUGGUCCGCACUGGCUGAGAGCGACAGACUGGAUGCAGAGGAAAAGGGCAUGGAGGUGGAGGUGGAGGAGGCAGAGCGUGAAGACAGUGACCCAGAAGAGGAUGGACAGCCAGACAAUGAAGACAUGACCCAAAGAGGAGCAGCUGUAGAGGAAGAAGAGGAGGAGGAGGAGGACGAGGAAGACGAUGAUGAAGAGGGGGAGGAGAGUGGUACAGAGGAAGAGCAGCAGGGACAUGUAUUUGUAGAUGAGGAGGACUGGCACACCUGCUCAGAAGAUGAAGCAGAAGAAGGGACCGCUGGAUCAUCCGGUAAAUCCUCCUUCCACAACUCCAGCCGCCUGCUGCAUAAGGACGAGCUGCUGGACAUGUUCAAGUCUGUUCACGACGGGCCCAAGUGUAAAGAAGGAGAGCUGACAGUGGGACUGGUCGGGUAUCCCAAUGUGGGAAAGAGUUCCACGAUCAACACGAUUCUGAGGAACAAGAAGGUUUCUGUUUCAGCCACCCCUGGACACACAAAGCACUUUCAGACUCUGUAUGUGGAGCCAGGCCUGUGCCUCUGUGACUGCCCGGGUCUGGUCAUGCCCUCCUUUGUUUCUACCAAAGCUGAGAUGAUCUGCUGUGGGAUCCUGCCCAUUGACCAGAUGAGAGAUCACGUACCUGCAAUUUGUCACAUCAGUCAGGUGAUCCCUCGGCACGUGUUAGAAGGCACCUACGGCAUCAACAUCAUCCGACCACGAGAAGAUGAAGACCCCGACAGGUGCCCCACAUCUGAGGAGCUGCUGAUGGCUUAUGGAUACAUGAGAGGCUUCAUGACGUCACAUGGCCAGCCUGAUCAGUCCAGAUCAGCCCGCUACAUUCUGAAGGAUUAUGUCUGCGGAAAACUUUUGUACUGCAAUCCACCUCCACAUAUUAAUGUUGAAGACUUCCAGCCACAGCACGACAACUUCCUGAAAAGAGACUUAGACGGCUCUGAACUCUCCUCAACAACAACAACAACAAACAAACACCAGAAAAUCAGGAGAAUCGAAAAUGUGGUUGACAAGAACUUCUUCCAUCAGGAGAAUGUGCGGGCGCUCUCUAAGGGGGUUCAGUCUUUCAUGGGCUAUAAGCCGGGCAGCGGACCUGUCGGACCAGGAAAAGCUGGAUCAGAGGCAGUGGCGGGAAAACCCUGGAAAAAACAUGGCAACAAAAACAAAAAGGAGAAAGUACGUCGUCUUACCAAGCACCUGGACGCCUGAAGAUGAUCUGAAAUCAAAGCACUUUAAUUGCAGAUCGUUUCAGCAGGAAUGAAAAAACACUGUCCACACGUGAUUCCAAAGGAAUUAAUGCAGAGCAGUAUCGGUAGAUGUAAGCCUCUUAACCCUGUGAGUGUGAAAGGCCAGGCUGCCUCGAUAUUCAUACAUGAGGUGUGUAAUCUGUCCCCACUGCUCCGGUGAGAAGAUCAUCUUGGUGCAAUACAUUCCAUCAACUGGAUCACCAGUUUUACACCAGACCUCACCACAGCAUUCGGAAAUGGACUCAACAUCCGGAGGGUGUGGAUUUUAUAAUUCAUUAAACCAGAUCUUUUCAAUUUGUAUUUUGAAGGCAUUUCCAAAGAUCAUAUCAUAAAGUGUAGAGUAAUCAGAUAAAUGACUAUGUUUGAUAAAGCUUUCACUCAUAUAAAGUUAUUAUUGUAACUAAGCUGGAUUAUAAAAUAAAAUUAUGG